CACGGUACUCACGGUAGAUUCAGGGCAGACAAAGCAAAGCAAAACACAACUCGAUUUAUGCGAGAAAGCGGUGUUGGAAUUACAUACUUAAUAACGUUUUAAUUUUGUUCCUGAGUGACCCAAUAUGGAUUUGAAAAAAAUUCUUUGCUGCAUAUAAGCGUUGGAAGCUCUCUGAGUAGUGACUGAGAUCACAAACUUCAAUCGAAAAUGACCCAAGUCUUACGACUUGUUCUGCAAAUUAUUGAAGGCACUAAUUUUCAUUUGCUGGAGCCUAACUCUUCGUUGGUUCUGCAAGGAAAACUAGACGGAGUAGGUCUUAAAACAGAACCUGUAGCACUUUCUUCUGCAAAUGGACUGCGUCUGGAAAUUGGCGAGGAACUGAUUUGGAAGAUAAGCCAAAGGAAUUUCCAACGGAUCAAGGCGUCCAAGGCCCUUAAGUUGGAGUGUUUCAAUGUCGGCCCUGGAAGCAGCAUUAAAAGUGUUGGCUACAUUAUCAUUAACCUCAAAUCGGUUUCUGAACACGCACAGUGCGGAUGGCGUCGACUGCUUGGUAGCAGCUCUCCAGCUCAGUCAUGUCCUCAACUGCUGUUGUCAGUGUCUCUUCUAGAUUCCAAUAGGAGCAAGAAAGAAGAGCAAAAGCAGGCUCUAUCUCUGGAUAAGAGGGUGGAAGACAUCAGUGGGAGGCCAACUGAGCUCAAUUUGAAAAAUGGAAUAUCAUACAUAGGCAGUGAACGCUUCUGCAAGGAGCGAUUUCAGUUCAGCUGCACUUUGAUCAGCUUAGCCAUUCCACCUCAGAUACUGCAACCAGAGAGCGCUAGAUUACAGCUAAAACUAUUUGGACAGACACUCACUACCAAUCAGUUUGACAUAGUCGAGCCAAAAACUGUUCUCAACAAAACUUUUGUGUUUGACAUCUUCAGCAAGACUCCAAUUCUUGUUCAGUUUCUCAGUGAAAAUCCGAUUAUGGAAGUUGCCCUGACUCAAGAAAACAGGACUGUUUUGGAAACAAGCCACUUCCUCGCCAUUGAGCUCGGACAACCGAUGACCACAGACCUUUUUUUCAAGGGCUGCAAUAGGGACCCUCAACCUAAAGUGACUGUAGCCUUUUCAAUUCAGCCUCUUCGAGAGGUAGAAGAAGUCAAUACCAAGGAAGUUCAGAGGGAGGCUGAGAUUCACUCGCCGUUUGCCCCAAGUGCGCCAAUUUUACUUGAAGAUGACACUGAAAUUGAAAUCAUUAGCGAAUACAGCAAGAACUUUGAAACUGAGUCUGAUAUGGCUGAUGAUCCCGCACCGUUGCCAUUGAAAAUGAAUCCCAAGCCCACUGCAAACAAAGAAGUUGUGCAUAGGUAUUUGCAUCCAGAAUCACACAGGACCCAGCACUAUGACGGUGAUGGAGUGGCAGCAAUUAGUGACAGGGAACGCAUGGUAAAGGUCGUGGAAGAGUUGGAGGAGUGGAAACUACGUCACAAAAUUCUGUUUACUGAAGAGAUGGAAGCCAAGAGGGAAGAAAUGAUGAGGGCCUGGGAGCACCAAAUGACUAAAAGACAAGAGGAGCUUGAGUUUGAGAAGGUCAAAUCGAUUGAAAAGUCCAAGGAAUAUGCCGCAAGCCUUGAGGAAGAAAUUGCCAAAUUAAAACUCAAAGGAAAAGAUGUGGAAAGAGAGGAUGAGAAGUUUAAAAGCUACCGAAGAAAGAUGGAAGAGAAGCUGGAAGAAAAAGAUAGAACUCUGAAGAAACAGCAAUUAGAGUCAGAGUCAAAAAUGUCCAUCUUGGUUUACCAGAACAAAAAACUGCAGGAAAGAGCUGAAUUGCUGGAGGCAGAGUGCGCGAAAUUAAAGAAAAUCCAAAAAAGCAGCGAGUCUGCUGAAAUAAUAGAGCUGAAGGAAAAAAUGCGUGACAUGGAGCAGAAUCUUAAAAAGGCCCAAGAGGAGAAGGCGAGGAUCACAAAAGAGUGGGCCAAAAGUCAGCGACAGGCGGUUGGGGCCAAGGACCAUUCUACUCAUUGCUUUAAAAACAUAAAUAGUGAGUCAUUCUUUCCUGAUCAAGAAAGAGUAAGAUUGAUGCAGGAGAAGAUCUCCCUGGAGAAACUGCAGCAAGAGUUGUUGCAAAUGAAGCAAAGACCAACUCAAACUGAGGUCAUCAAUACCAGGAAACUGCUAGAGCAGAGAGAUGCCCUGCUGAAAACUGGGAUGUACAACGAGCAAAGUGAAGUGGUGCAGUCCUUGGACGAAGCCAUAAAGAGUGCGAGAAAUAAAGAGGACUGAGUGGACGUUUUGAUUAAAUCACUGUCUAUUGUGCCACAAGUUAUUUGCA